GGGGAAGGCGCCGGGCCGGUACCACCGCCAUGGGGGCCAGCGGCUCUCGGCUGCCCGUGGCAGCGCCCAGCUCCGCACGGCUGCCCGCUGAGAGGAGGCAGCACUGCCCGCGCUCCGCUGCCGAGCUCCCGGCCCCGGCUCUCCCCGCAGCCCCCGCACCCGGCCCGCUCCCCCCUUCCGACAAGGGUGGUUGAGACCGGGCGAGGCCGUGCCGGCAGGAGUAGGGGUCGGGGCCAGUCGAAGAUGGCGUUUCCCGGGCAGCCAGCGCCAGGCGGCGGCUUCUACCAGGGCGGGUAUGGAGGAGCCCCAGGAGGACCUGCAUUCCCUGGCCAAGCCCAGGACCCUCUGUAUGGAUAUUUUGCUGCAGUAGCAGGGCAGGAUGGACACAUCGACGCCGACGAGCUGCAGAGGUGUCUCACCCAGUCAGGCAUUGCAGGGGCAUACAAACCCUUCAACUUGGAGACCUGCAGACUCAUGAUCUCCAUGCUGGAUAGGGACAUGUCUGGGACGCUGGGGUUUGAGGAGUUCAGGGAGCUGUGGGCUGUGGUCAGUGGCUGGAAGCAGCACUUUGUGACCUUCGACCGCGAUGGCAGCGGCUCUGUGGACCGGCAGGAGCUGGAGACAGCCCUGGUGAACAUGGGCUUCAGGCUGAGCCCACAGGCAGUGACAGCCAUCACGAGGAGGUUCAGCACCCAUGGCAAGAUCACCUUUGAUGACUACAUUGCCUGCUGUGUGAAGCUCAGAGCUCUCACAGAGUGCUUCAGAAGAAGGGAUGCAUCUCAGCAGGGGGUUGUGAACUUCCAGUACGAUGAUUUCAUCCAGUGUGUUAUGAGCAUCUGAAGGAGGGCAGCAGGCCCUGGCUGACUACACUGAACAUUCCAGCCUGUGCUGUGCUUUGCAAGCCUUGCUCUGCCUCUGCCCCUGCAGACUGGUGUCCCCUGAGGGCAUCUCCCUGCACACUGCAGGUGCUGAGUUCCUCGGUGAGUGUGACCCUGGCUGUGCUCCUGCCUUCCCUCCCUCCCAGCUGCCCCAUUAAAGAAGGGUUUGUUUCUAUGAA